AAAACGUAUUUCAAGUUUUUGCAUUCGGUAGAAUUUUAUUCAGGUUUUACCUUGAGAGGGCAAUAGUCUGUCAGGUCAAGCCAAAGCAUUUUAUAUAGAUAUGAAUAUCUUAUUGUCAAAUCUUGUAUGAGUACAACAGUUUCUCUCAGAUUAAAACUAGAUCCAAACUGUAGAGUUUUCAGAAACGGUUUAGAAUCGCUUCAAUCUUCUGUAUAGUUCAAACAACAGUAAUCUGCUAGAAAGUGUCUACUAUAGCCUAAUAAUUUAUGAAUCAUCAGAGGUGUUAAUUAGCCUAUAUUAUUGUCAAAGUGUCAAAGAAAAUCAAUAGAAAUGUUUUGUACUAGCUUCCUACUCCUUUUGAUAAUAAUUAUAACAUUGUUUUCUAUCGCUAAUGGUAAUUCAAAUUCUACUUCAAUCAAUGCCAAAAAUGGAACAUAUCCAAGGUUCGUGAACAGUGAAGAGCAAUUGAGUUUGUACAAAGAUGCAAAAAAGCUGAAAGAUGCUAUGUUAGGACUGGGAACAGACGAGGAUACAAUUAUAUCCAUAUUGACGAGUAGGAAAAGUAGCGAAAGAAUGAGAAUAUCAUAUUUCUAUAGACUAGAGUACAACGAUCAAUUCGACUACGACUUAUCAAACGAACUUUCUGGGAAUUUUAAGAAAAUAAUGCUAGCACUGAUGACGGAUCCCAGUGAAUUUCUGGCACAAACCGUUUCUGACUGUAUCAACAAAAAGAAUCCAAUUGACGACAGCUGCGUUAUAUCCAUACUUUGCACUAGAACCAAAGAUGAGCUCAUUGCGAUCAUGAAUAAAUACAUAACAAUAAGCGGACAGACAGACGCACUCCUAAAUCAAAUAGAUGCUAAAAUGAGCGGCGAUUAUAAGAUUUUCAUGAGAACCAUGCUGACGCCUACAAGAUGCCAAGCUCCUGUAAGGUGUAUUCGAGAGAAAGGUCAAGUAAAUCUCACCCUGGUACAAGAAAAUAUUAAAUUGAUACCGAAAAAACCUGAUGACUGUGUUGUUUCCGAGAAUAACCAAGGAUUAAUGACGAUGAUGGCUAAGGACAGUUUUGAGCAGCUCCAUUUAAUUAUUUCCGAAUAUGAGAGAAAACACAACUCCUCUGUCACAGAAGCAAUUACAGCUCAUUGCAGUGAUAAAACACUUGCUCAAGCUUAUAAUACUAUUGUUAGCUACGCCAAGAAUCCAGCAGGAUUCUAUGCUCAAGUGUUGAAAAAGUCCACUGAAGGAUUUGGCACCGACGAUACCACGUUGAUUAGAACGAUAGUCAGUCGACAUGAAAUUGAUUUAGCCGAAAUCAAGCAAACUUAUAAGCAAAUGUAUGGCACUACUUUGGCUGCUGAUGUUGCGGGUGACACUUCAGGCUAUUACAAGAAGGCCCUACUAGCUCUCAUUGGACCACAGUGAGUUUAUCUCAUAGGAUUUGACUAUUUUUUAUUUCUCAUUUUUAUGUAUGCACAUUUAAAUGUAUAUCAAAUAAAACAUAUUCAAUUCCAAGUCAUUGGAAA